GUUGAAGAUUGACCAGAUCAAAAUCAGUGGGGAGUUCUUUGGAUGAAAGUCGUCAACAAGUAUUGGCCACGUUUGGUGCACAUUGGACUGGGGGAUAUAGGCAGAUUAAUUGGGCACGUCUUCGAGUCCUGCAACCUACAACGGGCUCAUGAGAUCAAAUUUUAUCACGUUUGGACACACGCAGAUCCGCUGCGGCCUGUAUUGGAUCAAGUUUGUGGGUCAAAUCUGGCCUUGAUGCCAUAUUCGCCAACGCCUUUUGAUGAGUGGAUCAAGCAAUUCAAAAUGCGUGUCGAAGCACGCCCGCGGAUUAUGCUGGUUGAUCGCAGUAUUGGAGCCCAUCCAAGCGAUCAAGAUAUCCCAUCGCGCGUGGCCACUGGCUAUGGCGUUGAUUCGGCGCUGCUUGAUUUACUUUGGGCACCAAUCGGCGUGUGUAACUUCUGGAGUCGCGAAAACGGAUUCUGCUGUGAGCAUUCGGCGAGACAGCAGCAAACCAAUGUUCCGCCCCAUCCUGCUCCAAAAUUUCGCUCGUUGGAGCAGUGUGAAGCCUUCUGUUGCAAGAGCAGCUGCUGGGGGUGCGUGAACAAUGGCACCUUCUGGAAAGCUCUAGAUACCUGCCAGAAAGCGCAAGGGAAACCAGACACAUCCAACUGCACAAUAUCUCAGAAGCAGGAAAGCCCAUGGGGGCUUUGGCUAGAAUUUGGCGUCUAUUAUGGUGCAACCCUGCGCAGCACUGCCACUCAUUUAGCGGCGCAAGGAUUUCCUUCCCGUCAGGUCUAUGGCUUUGAUUCCUUCCAGGGCCUUGUUGAAGAUUGGAGCGAUCUCUUCCCGGAAUUUGGUUUCAGCACUGGGGGGCAGCUGCCCAUGGACCUUCCUCCGAAUGCCAAGUUGGUCGUGGGAUGGUACAAUGACACGUUGCCGCGCUUUGUGAAAGAAAACAUUGCGAAGGCAAAACUCAUGAUCGAAUGGCUUCAUUUGGAUUGCGACACCUUUCUUGGACAUCAUCAAGUGCUAUCUCGGCUGAAGCAUCACCGCAGAGAGUAAAUCGCGUUUUCACAGGUGGUGUCAGAAAAUGUUUGAAAACGGUAGUGUUUCAAUGAUUGUUAAGGCCGGAUACCCCCGGGGGCAACGGGAGCUUGUGUUCAGAUCCUGGCGUGCAGAUCCGGACCAAGAUCUUGUCGAGAUCUUAAUCUUGUGGC